GAACUGAAUUCUGUGGCUUCUGAACUGGCCGCACGACAGGAAGAGAGCGAACAUUCUCACAAGCAUUUAAUUGAACUCAGCCAGGAAUUUAAAAGAAAUGUACCUGAGGAGGUUCGAGAUAUGGUGGCUCCAGUCUUAAAAAGUUUCCAGGCAGAGGUGGUUGCUCUUAGCAAAAGAACCAAGGAAGCCGAGGCAGCGUUCCUGAGUGUUUACAAGCAAUUAAUCAAAGUACCAGAUCCUGUGCCCGCCCUUGAAACAGUGAGGAACCUCGAAGGGCGGCACCAGCCCCUGCAUUGCCUCAUCCCUGAGAACCCCCCGCUGAAGGAGUUGAACAGGCCCUGGAAGAAGGAGCUGCUCUUCCCCAAAGAGCAAAGAGAAGGAAGCCUUCCAGCUGGACUUGCUGUCUCGGAGGCCAAGCUUGCUGGCCUCAACAGCAAAGCAUUGCUGACUGAGUCAUUGCUGCAGAGAAAUGAGGUUGAGAAGCAAAAGGGCCUUCAAGAAGCCCAGUUCACUCUGGCCAGUCGGCUGGGGGAAGCAGAAGAGAAGAUCAAAGUCCUCCAUUCAGCACUAAAGGCUACCCAGACGGAGCUGGUUGACCUGCGGUGUAAAUAUGAUGAAGAGGCAGCUUCCAAGACAGAUGAAGUGGCCAUGAUUAUGACAAAUCUUGAAAAAGCCAACCAGAGAGCCGAGACUGCCCAGAGGGAGGUGGAGAGCCUGCGGGAACAGCUUGCCUCCGUAAACAGCUCCCUUCGCUUGGCUUGCUGUUCUCCCCAAGGACCGAGUGGGGAUAAAGUGAGUUACUCUUUGUGUCCGGGGCCACGGCUAGAGGCAGCCCUUGCUGCCAAGGAUCGGGAAAUUCUUCGACUUCUCAAGGAAAUUCAACAUUUGCAAAACUCCAUGCAAGAAAUGGAAGAUUCUUCAGCCAAUCAGAUUGCAGACCUAGAACAGCAGUUGGCAGCCAAAAGCGAGGCCAUCGACAAAUUGGAAGAAAAACUUCGUGCCCAGUCAGAUUAUGAGGAAAUCAAGACAGAACUGAGCAUUCUGAAAGCAAUGAAGCUGGCGUCCUCUGACUGCAACCUGUCCCAGAGUAUCUCAAAACCCACCGACGCGCUGUUCCUGGGGAAGGAUUCCUUCUACCCAUCUCGGAAGUAUCUCCUGGAGAAACCAAACCUCACCCCCAAUACUGAGGAGGACCCCUCGGAGGACGAGUCGGUGAAGGACGCCUUGGGCCCCGAGCAGCCCUGCCCGUCUCCCCAGCAGCUCUCGCACCCGCCCAGGGAAGACUCCGCCUCCCCCCCGCUCCUCCAGCCCCUGUUGGGCCCCACCGUGGCUCAGGAGUACCAAGGGUCUUUUCCGUUGCCUCUUCCGGGCCAGGGUGCCAGCAAACAGCGCGCCUGAGACUCCCUUCUCUCCACACAGAUGGGCCCCCCCGCGUACAAAAGCGAGAGCAAUGGCCUGGGGGGCUUCCCCUCGGCCUUCUACACUGCCAAGGGACUGGUGCUCCCCGGGAACCCGGUCCCGGCCAACGACGGGAGCCCGCCGAGCGACCAGUCCGAAGGCAGCAACCCGGGCUCUGCCGACGAGGAGCAGCUGGAUACGGCCGAGAUCGCUUUCCAGGUGAAGGAGCAGCUGCUGAAGCACAACAUUGGCCAGCGCGUCUUCGGACACUACGUCCUGGGCCUCUCGCAGGGCUCGGUCAGUGAGAUCCUGGCCAGGCCAAAGCCUUGGCGCAAGUUGACGGUCAAAGGGAAGGAGCCCUUCAUCAAGAUGAAGCAGUUCCUCUCGGACGAGCAGAACGUGUUAGCUCUGAGAACGAUUCAGGUGCGCCAGAGAGGAAGCAUUACGCCAAGGAUCAGGACCCCAGAAACUGGUUCAGACGAUGCCAUCAAGAGUAUCUUGGAGCAGGCCAAGAAAGAGAUUGAGUCACAGAAAGGAGGGGAGACAAAGAGCACCGCUGCACCCCAGACGGCCGCCAACGGCAUCAGCACCAGCAGCUCAGAAGACGCCAUCAAGAACAUCCUGGAGCAGGCCCGCCGCGAGAUGCAGGCUCAACAGCAGGCCUUGCUUGAGAUCGAAUCAGGCGCCACCAGCCGGCCCAUCUCCACCCCCCCUGCAGAAUCCUCCCCUCUGUCAGCCGUCAGUCAGAACAUUGUCCGGGCUUACAUCAAGCAGGAAGAAGGGGGCGGGGUGGGCCCCAACGCCAGCAGCAGCAUGACCCAGACACCCCUGACGGUGCUCUCCCCUGCUGCGUUUGUGCAAAGCAUCAUCCGCAAGGUCAAGUCUGAGAUCGGGGACGCUGGCUCCUACUUUGACCAGCACUGGGCAUCCGAGAGGAGCCUCCUAAGCCGCCCUUUCACCUCGGUGUCGCCCUCCCUCUCUUCCUCGUCCAGCUACUCCAGCAUGGCCAAUGGACGAGUGUGGCCACGGGGUGAACCCGGUGACUCUGGUCCAAAUGAGGAAGACUUGCCAACCUCAGAGGAUGAACCCCAUAGGGUGCUAGAAGUAAAAUCAGAAGUGGUUGGUUCAGAAGCCCAAGGAGCUGGGCGCUUGUCUUACUACCCGUCUUAUGUGCCAAGAACUCUCAAGCCCACCGUCCCCCCCUUGACACCAGAGCAGUACGAGAUGUACAUGUACAAGGAAGUGGACACCUUGGAACUCACACGGCAAGUCAAGGAGAAGUUGGCCAAGAACGGAAUCUGCCAACGCAUCUUUGGGGAGAAGGUGCUGGGGUUGUCGCAAGGCAGCGUGAGCGACAUGUUGUCCAGGCCCAAGCCGUGGAGCAAGCUGACCCAGAAGGGACGGGAACCGUUUAUCCGGAUGCAGCUUUGGCUCACGGAUCAGCUGGGCCAAGGGAUCAGCCAGCAGGGCUCCCUGCCUCAGGCCAGCCCUGGAGAGUCUCAGUCUUCCCCUUCCCCACCAGCCAGCCCUUCCGAGCAAGAGAAGAGUCCUCCGGAGCCCCUGAGUCUCGCCCUGGAGAGCAGCAAAGAAAACCAGCAGCCGGAAGGCAAACCUGGCGCCUUGCUCAGUGGCAAAAUGUGCCCAAACAACCACACCUCUGUUGGCAUUCAGGAGAUUGUGGCCAUGUCCCCCGAGCUGGACACUUACUGCAUCACUAAGAAGGUCAAGGAGGUCUUGACGGACAACAACCUUGGUCAGCGGCUUUUCGGAGAGAGCAUCCUCGGCCUGACACAGGGAUCCGUCUCGGAUCUCCUUUCAAGGCCCAAACCUUGGCACAAGCUGAGUCUUAAAGGAAGGGAACCGUUUGUCCGCAUGCAGCUCUGGCUGAAUGACCCUCACAACGUUGACAAGCUCCGGGACAUGAAAAAAUUGGAGAAGAAAGCGUAUUUGAAGCGCCGCUAUGGCCUGAUCAGUGCCGGCUCGGACAGCGAGUCCCCCAACCCGCAGUCAGAGUGCCCCAGCCCCAGCCUGCAGUUGCAAGACCUCAGCCUCCUGCAGAUCAAGAAGCCAAGGGUGGUCUUAGCUCCAGAGGAAAAGGAGACCCUGAAGAGAGCCUAUCAGCUGGAACCCUACCCCUCCCAGCAGACGAUCGAGCUGCUCUCCUUCCAGCUGAACCUCAAGACCAACACGGUGAUUAACUGGUUCCACAAUUACAGGUCUCGGAUGCGCCGAGAGAUGCUGGUGGAAGGAGCGCAGGAUGACACAGAUCCUGAGCAGAGCAUGGCCCCCACUGGCCAUUUGCUCACAGCUGCCCAGCCUCAGAGCCCCGACUCAGAGGGGGAGGACCAUAAACCCACAUUCAGAGAUGUUGAGUGCCAAGGAGAAUGUAAAGCCCUGGUCGAGAUCAAGGAGGAGCAAGUGGAAGCCGGCGAGAAGGAUGACGGCACGAGCAGCAGGGACUCUCGCAGUCCGGAGGGGGAGGGGGAGCCCACGUCCAGAUCCAGUCCCAGAGAAGAGCUGGGGGAGCCCGGUUGCGUGAGCCCCCACGAAGCCCCCAGCCUCACGUGGGGCAGCACCCUACGCAGCAAGACACACCUCCCUGGGGGCCACGAUUAUUCCAGUUUCCAUAACCCCAUGGAGGUGGACAGCCACGAGAGGUCUCACUCGGACCCCCUUAGCUUUAAAUCCGCCUCCGAGUCGUCCCACUGCAGCUUAGAGGUUUCUCUGACCUCUCCAUCUGCCGCCUCCUCGCCGGGCCUCCUGAUGUCCAUCUCACCUGUCCCGUCCUCCUCGGCCCCCAUCUCCCCCUUGCCAGUGAGCAUCGUGGCGACCAAAGGGCAGAGUUCUGGUCCAGCCACAGAGACGGGCCCCAUCACGAAACUGACCACCAACGUCCAGCGGCGGAAUGAGAAGAUGGCCAACCUCAACAGCAUUAUUCAUCGGCUGGAGAGAGCCGCCAACCGCGAAGAGACUCUGGAGUGGGAGUUUUGAAGGGCCAAAUGGAAGGAAAAAAUCAAAACCGAACCCCCAAAUUAUGUCGUCCAGGUUCUAAACUCCGUGGAACAUGUUGACGACGCAGGGAGUCCUAGCAGAGUGUAUAGAGAAAAUAGAUCUAUCUAUAUAUAUAUAUGAACACACAUACACACAUAUUUUAUUAAUUUCAUCAAGUCCUAAGGAAGAGACAAAAAUAAAUCAGCUCCAUUUUGUUGAACUAGAGGGAUGCUACCCGGUAGCUGCUCUUCCUUAGCUCCUGAAGGUAACAUCAGACUGACUUUUGGGGUUUUAAAUGUGAGAACAGACACACAGGAACAAUCUGAGAACACUUUUGGAAGGAAAAAAAAUAUUAAAAUAAUAUUUAUAGACCUCUUUUAGAUAUUUUAAUAAAAGGAAACUUUGGAAUUUAUUAACAGCUCAAGCUGCUUUGAUAUUAAAAGAUAGCUAUAAACUGUAUCAGUUGUAUCAUUAAAUGCCCACUGAAAGUCUUGUA